AUGGUUUCAAAGUGGAGGUUGAAGAAGUUCUGCUUGGUGGAGCCAUUGAAGUACUCCAUUGGUUUUCAAUCCUUUGAGGAGGAAAGGAAGAGGCAAAAAAAGGAGAAAAAUGGGCAGUGUAAGGAGCGGAGGUGCAUUGAUUAUUGGUUUUGGGUGAUAGGAUACAUGUGCACCACUUGGUGGUUUCUCUCUUUGUUGUAUGGUUGCUUGCCUACCACGUUGCCUGGCUUUGAGGCACCAGUGUCACCUGGGGUGAGGCUAAGCCGUGAGGGAGUCACUGCACUUCACCCAAUUAUUCUUGUACCGGGCAUUGUGACUGGUGGGUUGGAGCUUUGGGAAGGGAGAUCUUGUGCUGAAGACCUUUUCAGAAAGCGGUUGUGGGGUGAUGGUCUUGCUCAAAUCAUCAAAAGGCCUUUGUGCUGGUUAGAGCAUCUCUCUUUGCAUGAUGAGACUGGCCUGGACCCACCAGACAUUAGAGUCAGGGCAGUGCCAGGGCUGGUUGCUGCUGAUUAUCUGGUUUGGGAAGAUUUGAUUGAAAAUUUAGCAAGGAUUGGUUAUGAAGGAAAGAAUUUGUAUAUGGCUGCUUAUGACUGGAGACUGUCCUUCCAGAAUACUGAGAUUCGAGACCAAACUCUUAGUAGAUUGAAGAGUACUAUUGAGCUUAUGUUUGUUUCAAAUGGCUAUAAGAAAGUGGUAGUGGUACCACAAUCCAUGGGGGCUAUUUAUUUCCUCCAUUUCCUGAAAUGGGUUGAGACACCUCCACCCAUGGGAGGUGGUGGUGGUCAGGGUUGGUGUGACAAGUACAUCAAAGCAAUCUUGAAUAUUAGCCCUCCAUUUCUUGGUGCUCCUAGGGCAGUUAGCAAUAUAUUUUCAACCGAAGGCAGUGUUGCAUUUCUCAGAGCUGUUCCUUCUAGCAUUUUAAAUUUUGGUUACCUUGGUCGUCAAGCUCUUGAGCACGUCAUGCGGGUGUUUAGAACGUGGGAUUCAACCAUUUCAUUGAUGCCAAAAGGUUGCGAAACCAUCUGGGGUGACUUGAAUUCGUGUCCUGAAGAAUGGAAUAACUAUGAUCAGGAAAUUUCACGGGGUGGAAAUUCUGCCACCUUUAACUUAUCAGGCGACGUGUGGACUAGUUAUGAUAUGGGCAGAGAAAGCAUUCGAGAAGAUACUAAAAACAGGACUUAUACAGCAAGAACAGUUUUUGAUCUACUUAACUUUGUGACUCCAAAAAUGAUGAAGCGUGGUGAGGCUCACUUUUCUCAUGGGAUAGCAGAGAACUUAGAUGAUCCAAAAUAUUCUCAUUACAAAUACUGGUCUAACCCACUUGAGACCAAAUUACCUGAUGCUCCGGAUAUGGAAGUAUACUGUCUAUAUGGUGUUGGAAUUCCAGAUGACAAAUCACAUGUGCAUAAGAGUAUUCCUUUCCAAAUUGAUGGUUCAGCAGAUGGAAAAGAGGAAGGUUGGUUUCAGAAUGGUGUUUAUUUUGUGGAUGGUGAUGAGAAUGUGACUAUUGUAAGCUCAGGAUUCAUGUGUGCUAAAGGAUGGCGUGGAAGAACUCGGUUCAAUCCAUCUGGCAUGGCUACAUAUGCAAGAGAGUAUCAGCUGAAACAAGGAGGUAGUCUUGUUGAUUGGGGUAGAAGAGAAAGUUCCAACAUUGUAGGAAAUGUUGCUUUAAUUGAAGAUGUUUUACGAGUAGCUGCUGGAACCACUGGAGUAGAUAUUGGAGGUGAUAGGAUAUUUUCAGAUAUAAUGAGGAUGUCUGAGAGGAUAAAUCUCAGACUACGAUUAUGUUCAAUGAUUGGAUUUUCUUGCAUGAUAAGAGAAGUUGAAGAAAAUGCAAGGUUAGUGCAGAAAUAG